GUCUGUUCUUAAAUUGCAUUAGUUCAUUCUCAAUUCAUUCUACCCAGAGCACAUGUAAAUGGAUAUUCUGGGGUUCCCAUCUUCUUAGCUGGUUGCUUCCUACUAUACAGUCAUUUACUCGUGCGCAGUCAUUUGUAUCACGGUGCCAUACUGUAAAUGUCGUGCGUGUCGUGUUGCUGUAACUAAGUUAAGGCUUGUACUGGGUAUCUACAAUAGCUAGUUCUCACUUCUCUCUUUCCUUUCACAUCUGCUCACUGUCUCAAGUAUUCUCUUUUUCCCCCCUUUAAAUAAUAUUCAUCAAAUCAUGUCCUGUAAUGUUGCCACCUUUAAUGAACAUCUAAAUUAUUUUCUAUUAAUAAUACUGGCAUCUAAUAUUCUUAGCAAUGGGAUUAUCUGUCAGGUGGCAAACCUAGUACCCUUAUUUUACUAAUGUGCAAAGUGCCAUAUCAAUCACCUAAAAGUUAGAAUUCAAAUGCAAAGAUCUGAUUGGUUGCUAUGGGCAGCAUUACCAGUGAUACUUGUCUCCAGGGUUGCUAAACACACCAUAGACUCUUUCUUUUUACAACUCUUCCAUAAGAAGCAACUUGGAUUCAUCUGGGAUCUAGUUCUCCCGUUCAGUGGUCUAAGUAGCAGAAUGCCGCGAAUCGACAAUGAUAUUAAAUUGGAUUUUAAGGAUGUUUUGCUACGACCAAAGAGAAGCACAUUAAAGACUCGGAGUGAGGUGGAGCUCACCCGUUCUUUCAUGUUUAGGAACUCCGGACAAUCCUAUCAAGGAAUCCCUAUUAUCGCUGCCAAUAUGGAUACUGUAGGGACUUUUGGGAUGGCAAGAGCCCUGUGUAAGUUUUCUCUCUUUACAGCCAUACACAAACACUACACAGUGGAGGAGUGGAAAGACUUUGCUGCAAGUUCCCCGGAAUGUUUGGAGAAUGUUGCUGUGAGUUCUGGGACAGGUCAGUCAGAUUUCCAGCAUUUAGAGAAAGUCCUGUCAGCUGUCCCUCAGGUUCGUUACAUCUGCUUGGAUGUGGCUAACGGAUAUUCAGAGCAGUUUGUACAACAUGUGAAGGAUGUUAGAGCCAGAUUCCCUAAGCACACCAUUAUGGCUGGAAAUGUUGUUACUGGGGAGAUGGUAGAGGAGCUGAUCCUGUCUGGCGCAGAUAUUAUAAAAGUUGGCAUUGGACCAGGUUCUGUCUGUACAACCCGGAAAAAGACUGGAGUUGGAUACCCCCAGCUAAGUGCUGUUAUUGAGUGUGCAGAUUCAGCACAUGGACUGAAUGGCCACAUUAUAUCAGAUGGAGGUUGUAGCUGCCCAGGCGAUGUUGCAAAAGCAUUUGGAGCUGGAGCAGACUUUGUGAUGCUGGGGGGGAUGCUGUCAGGACACACAGAAUGUUCAGGAGAGAUAAUUGAGAAGAAUGGCAAGAAAUAUAAGCUUUUCUAUGGAAUGAGUUCAGAGACUGCAAUGACGAAACAUUCAGGAGGGGUGGCGGAAUACAGGGCUUCGGAAGGGAAGACUGUGGAGGUUCCUUUCCAAGGUGAUGUAGAACACACCAUCAAAGACAUCCUUGGAGGAAUUCGCUCCAGCUGCACGUAUGUGGGAGCUGCCAAACUGAAAGAAUUAAGUCGUAGAACUACAUUCAUCAGGGUCACUCAGCAACUUAAUCCAAUGUUCAGCUAAUUUAUUAACAGACCUCACAUGCCGUAUUUAGUAACUCCUUUCCAUAUAGUGUUUGCAGUCACUGAAUCCUUCCAGUGUUUUCUAGUAGUGUGAACUGUGUGAGGGAUUCUUAUUCUUUCCUUCACGUCAUGCCUACCUUGGGUUGCCAAAUCAUUGUUAUAAAAUACACAUAUAAUAUAAAUCACUUUCAUAAAUAAUAAGUGCAUUAUAUGUACUACUUACAUUGAUUGCACAGUUGUACAAUGAACUAGCACCAUACCUGCUGUUCACAAUGCUGUAGCCAUAUCACUGCCACUUUCUAGUUUGAGGGCGAUCAGAUCCCUGUUACUUUGCAUUAUUAUACCAUCUAUUUACAUAAACACGCUAAUCACAUGUAUCCUACUCUCACUGGCAUCAUUAUCAGACAUACUGACAAUCUCUGCUCUGUGAAUAAGUGUCUCCAGAUAAAUAAGUGAGCCAGAUAAUGAGAUGAACUAGUCAUUUCUUUCCAGUUUUAAUAUAGUGAGAGGAAAUCCUCACCCACUUAACAGUGAUAUUCCCUUUCUUGCAUGAGGAACAGUAUUUGUGUUUUUAAAUGUAAUGAAUACUAUCUUCUCUAACAAUGAGCAUUUUCUAUUGGAAUGUGGUUUAUUGUUAAACUGCAAGAGGCACUUAGCUGUGUGCCUGCAAUUUAUAUGUCUAAAGUGCAUUCCCACCCCUAUGUCUUAUUAACUGUAGUAGGACCAAUUUCCAUAAUGUUGAAUGUAUGUAAUUUGUACUCUUAUAAAUUAACGUGCAAGAAAAAUUGGUGUUUAUUGUUAAACCUCUAAAUUAACUUUUUAGUGUCCCAGCAAUUUCAUCAUCUAUGAUACAUUCCCGACCUAGCUUUUAUUAAUUUAAAUAUUAAUGAGGACCAGUUUCCUUUACUUGAUGGUGAAUACAACUGCAUGUGGUUGAUACUCUUACCAGUAAAUAUUUUGCUUUUAA